AUGGCCUCGAAACGUCCCCCCACGAAGCCGCGGGUCCGAGUGUGCUAUCACUGCGUGCAAACGCGACGGGGACUGGGAAGCUCGGUGCCCUCCUCUGCCAGCUUCAGCCCGACCGAACAGAAGACCCACCUGGAGGACCUGUACUGGAUGGCGAGCACCUACCAGCAGAUGAACCCGGAGGCGCUCAACCUGACGCCCGAGGACGCGGUGGAGGCGCUCAUCGGCUCGCACCCUGUGCCACAGCCCUUGCAGAGUUUCGACGGCUUCCGCGGUGCGCACCACCACCAUCAUCACCACCACCCACACCCACAUCAUGGGUACCCGGGCGCCGGCGUGACCCACGAAGAGCUGGGCCCACACGCUCACCAGCACCAUCACCACCAUCACCCCUUCUCCGACGACCAGCUCGUGUCCAUGUCCGUGCGCGAGCUGAACCGCCAUCUGCGGGGCUUCACCAAGGACGAGGUGAUCCGCCUGAAACAGAAGCGGCGGACCCUGAAGAACCGGGGCUACGCCCAGUCGUGCAGGUAUAAACGCGUCCAGCAGAAACACCACCUGGAGAAUGAGAAGACGCAGCUCAUUCAGCAGGUGGAGCAGCUUAAGCAGGAGGUGUCCCGGCUGGCCCGCGAAAGAGACGCCUACAAGGUCAAGUGCGAGAAACUCGCCAACUCCGGCUUCAGGGAGGCGGGCUCCACCAGCGACAGCCCCUCCUCUCCCGAGUUCUUUCUGUGAGUCGUGGCCAUCCCGGCCCCUGUCCUUGCCCGGCCCGGACUCCCCGUCCCCAGUUCCCAGCCCCAGACUCCCCUGGACCCUGUCCCUGCCACAGCCACAGCCUUGACCUGUUUGACUUGAGGGAGAGGGAGGAAGGGCGCGCGGGACGCGAGCGACGGGAGGGCGCGCGGGCAGGCAGGGGACCUUGGCCAAGGCGAGAACAGCGCGCGCCAGCGCUGCCUCCUAGACUGGAGCAGAGCCAGAGAGAGACGAGGGGGUGGGGAGUCCCGGAGCAACUUUUCUUCAGGCUGGAGGGCUACGAGGCAUAGUCCUGAGGAGUCGCCACGGGCCGUCAGGAGACUCCUGGCUUUCUGAACUUUGUGCGUUAAGCCGGGGCCGCUACCUCACGGCCAGGAAGAGAGCAGCGAGGAGAGAGGGACCCUGGCUUCCUGGCAGGCGCGAGGCGAGGAAGGAAAGACAGACGGACCUGUCUGCCCAGGGUCCGGAGAACACUGGCUCUCAGCCCCGAGACGCGGGCCUCAGUUAGAACAUUCUGCGCGCAAAGAUCAUCAGUUUUAUUGCCUGCUCGAUUAUAUAGAAAAAUACGAAAAUCUGCAUUAAAAAUAUUAAUCCUGCAUGCUGGACAUGUAUGGUAAUAAUUUCUAUUUUGUACCAUUUUCUUGUUUAACUUUAGCAUGUUGUUGAUCAUGGAUCAUAACCCCUUGUUUCUUUGAGUGAGAAGGGAACGCAGUUUGGAAACUCCGGUGGCUGCUUGCCGGGUGUCAGUCCCGGCUGUCGGCUUGUAAAUACCCGCCUGCCAAACCGCUUAGAGAACGUGGCAGCAAAGUGAGUGUCGUCUUUGUUUGGGUUUAUUAUUAUGGCAUUUUUUUUGUAAGUAAAAAAAAAGUUGUGGGCAUUGUGCAUCAGAAAACAACUUUGUCUUGGGCACUUUUGAAAGUUGCUUGUUUUCUCCGCUCCCCUGCCCGCACUGGGUCCUCUUUUCCCUUCCGCUUUAGUUUUCCAUUUUGUUGGUUUUGAGAGAAAGAGGACUGGGGUCCCAGAACCCCAGGACCAGGACAGGGCAGCUGCAGAGUUUCAAACCCCAACGGCUCCAAGUGGUAGGUCCUUGCUUCCACUUUGUAUUUUAUGGCUAAACGGACACCCCUAACAUGAAGGAAAGGAAAACAUCGUGUUUGCUUUUUUAAUUGCAAUCAGAAUCACCCUGGGGUCCCUUCACAACCCUCCAGGCCGCUACUAAUUGCUGGAGCCGCUGCGCCCCUAGGGAGACUGGCUUCACCAGCUGGACACUGCCCAAUGGUGACCUGAACUUGUGUUAAACCAGCGUCCACACUCAGAAAGUACUGGAAACCCAAACACUGGCAAGUAAUUUUGCAACUUUCACACGUUAUGUGUGUUUCUUUCCCUGCUUUUGCGCUAUCAGGCAGAGUUAUUGGUGGUGUUCCCCCCACCCCCUUCAGUUGUAUAGUAGUUAUAGGGAAGAUCUGGGUGUUUUUCUUUAUUAUUACAUUUUUUCCUGCAGGUCAGUAAAAGGAUUUAAGUUGCACUGACAAAAAUACCAAAACGAAAGUGUAUUUUUUAGUUCCCAUUUGAAAUUGCUGGCGCUGCUGGCCGGAUGCAUUUUUGAGUUUGUAUUAGUUGAUAAAUUAACAGUAAUAACAAGAUUGUAUGAACCGCAUGGUGCUUGCAGUUUUAAAUAUUGUGGAUAUUCGUCCUGCAUCAGAAACGAGCUUUAGUUUUUACAGAUUCAACUGUGUUGAAAUCAAAUUUGCCGCAACAGAAAUUGUUUUUAUUUCAUGUAAAAUAAGGGAUCAAUUUCAAACCCUGCUUAUGAUAUGAAAAUAUUAAAACCUAGUCUAUUGUAGUUUUA